GGAACGCCUGGGGCACCACCAAGCACCGAAUCUAGUUUGAAGGAAUCAUCAGGAACAGCAUGUUUGCAGAGCACCCGUGGCUCAGAGCAGCCCCAGCAGCCGACGUGGCCGCCUGCAGAAGCAAGUACCUCUGUUGGGCACUUGAGACAGAAACUAGAGCCCAGGACAAAGGCGGUUGAGGUGAAGAUGUACAGCCUGCGAGAAAGGAAAGGCCUCACGUACCAGGAGAUUGGCGAGCCCCAGGAUGACGACUACCUUUAUUGUGAGAAGUGUCAGAACUUCUUCAUUGAUAGCUGUGCAGCUCACGGGGCGCCAACAUUUGUAAAGGACAGUCCCGUGGACAGAGGGCACCCCAAUCGCUCAGCCCUCACUCUGCCCCCUGGGCUGAGAAUUGGGCCCUCCAGCAUCCCUGCGGCUGGGCUCGGAGUGUGGAACGAGGCGUCUGAGCUGCCGCUGGGCCUACACUUUGGCCCCUAUGAGGGCCAGGUGACGGAAGAUGAGGAUGGAGCCCACAGCGGCUAUUCCUGGCUGAUCACCAAGGGGAGGAACUGCUACGAGUAUGUGGACGGAAAGGAUGAAUCUUGGGCCAACUGGAUGAGGUAUGUGAACUGUGCCCGGGAUGAAGAGGAGCAGAACCUGGUGGCCUUUCAGUACCACAGGCAGAUCUUCUACCGGACCUGCCGGGCCAUCCAGCCUGGCUGUGAGCUGCUGGUCUGGUACGGGGACGAGUACGGCCAGGAGCUGGGCAUCAAAUGGGGCAGCCACUGGAAGAAGGAGCCCACCGCAAGGACAGGUGGGCAGGGGCCCCUCUCCUUGCAGACGUUCCUGGUCCAACCC